CGCACGGCUCUGGCGGACGACGGAAAUUGGACUGAAAAUGCAUCGCGUUUGAAUCGAAGUGAGUGCGCGCGUGUGGUGAAUUUCCGGCGGUGAAGAGAGUCCGGAAGAGAGCCGACGAGGGUCCGACGGUGUCCCUAGAAGAGCUCCUCCAAACACAGUUCGGUGCGAGGCGCAGUCAAGUCGAGUCCUUGCUGACAGUCGGUUGUCCUGGCGGGAGUGCAUUCAUAUAUCGAGCGUGUGGCACAGUGCGCCGGCCAUGCAGUCCCUCAAAACAUAACAAAACACCAUAAAAUCAUCACCGAAAAUCACCCAAUCACCAGAGUGAAAAAAUCAAAAUAGAAAAAGAAAAGAAAGAUUCAAAUGUGCCAAAGAAAAAUUAUAAAAUACAAAAAAAGAGAGAAAUAUCAAGUGUCUGAAAUGUAAAACCGCUCAAGAGUGAAAGCCAAAUUAAAUCAAAAUUUUUUACAAGUCACUGCCCAUACACGCAUAUUCCUGAAAAAAAAGCUCACAGCGAGAGAAGAAAAACGCAUAAGUAAUACCACGACCAAAUUCAAAUCAAAAUCGGAAUCAAAACAGAAGCCGGAAAACAUGUGGAUUAGUAGCCGCCUUUUCGUGAUUUUCCUGCUCCUUCAUAUCGAUACCACCUGCAGUGAACCUUUCGAGGCGCACCUACGCGGUCCCGGCUUCGUGAUGGAGCCCCCGGGCCGCGUUGAGUUCUCCAACUCAUCGGGCGGCUGGCUGGAUUGCUCAGCCUCCGGGAGUCCACAGCCGACGAUCGAUUGGGUGCAUGCAGAUGGAACGGCGGUGACUGAAAUACAUGGAGUGCGGAGGGUACUGCGUAACGGUACGCUCGUCCUGAUGCCCUUUGCGGCGGCCGCCUAUCACCAGGAGGUGCACAACACCAUAUACCGGUGCAUUGCCAGCAAUUCGGUGGGCCGCAUCGUCUCCCGGGACGUGCAAGUCCGUGCUGUCGUGGCCCAGGCCUACAAAGUGGAUGUGGAGGUGCUAUCAGCGUCGCGCGGCUGCACCGCCAUCCUGCGCUGCGUGGUGCCCACGUUCGUCAAGGAAUUGGUACGAGUGGUCUCCUGGGUUCAUGAACCCGCUAUCUACAUCUAUCCCUCGCUGCAAGGCGACGGCAAAUUCCAUUUGCUGCCCACCGGCGAGCUGCUCAUCCACAAUCUGCAGGAGAGCGAUGAGUCGCAGUCCUUCCGCUGCCGCAGCAUGCACCGUCUCACCCGCCAGGUGGUCGUCAGCUCACCCACUCGGCUGCGUAUUAAUUCGCAUCGCGGCAUCAUUUCGCCGAGCGUGGUGGAGCACACGGCUCAUGUGCAGGUGUCACAGGAUGAGGGCGCGGUGCUGCUGUGCGUUGCCCAGGGCUGUCCUUCGCCCGAAUACAGCUGGUACACCCACAACGGAGCCGGUCCCAUUCCCGUGCUGAGUGGACCUCGUGUGCGACUCCUUGGCCCCAUCCUGGCGAUUGAGGCCGUGACCGGUGAGGAUUCCGGCGUCUACAAGUGCACCGCCGGCAAUGUGGGUGGCGAGGCCAGUGCCGAGCUCCGUCUAACGGUGGCCACGCCCAUCCAGGUGGAAAUCUCGCCCAACGUGCUCAGCGUCCAUAUGGGCGGCACAGCGGAGUUCCGCUGCCUGGUGACCAGCAAUGGCAGUCCGGUGGGCAUGCAGAAUAUUCUGUGGUACAAGGAUGGACGCCAACUGCCCUCAUCGAACCGCGUCGAGGACACGCUGGUGGUGCCCCGGGUGGGUCGCGAGAACCGCGGCAUGUAUCAGUGCGUGGUUCGGCGUCCUGAGGGUGACACGUUCCAGGCCACCGCAGAGUUGCAAUUGGGAGAUGCCCCGCCAGCCCUGCUGUACAGCUUCAUCGAGCAGACCCUGCAGCCGGGCCCAGCUGUGAGCCUCAAGUGCUCUGCUGCCGGCAAUCCUACGCCGCAAAUUUCAUGGACACUGGACGGAUUUCCGCUGCCAUCAAACGGAAGAUUUAUGAUCGGACAAUACAUCACAGUGCAUGGCGAUGUAAUUAGUCAUGUUAACAUAAGCCACGUCAUGGUCGAGGAUGGCGGCGAGUACGCCUGCAACGCCGAAAAUCGGGCAGGACGAGUGCAGCAUGCGGCCCGCUUGAAUAUUUAUGGUCUUCCGUAUAUUCGACUGAUACCGAAGGUGACCGCCGUCUCCGGCGAGCAACUGAAUCUGAAGUGCCCUGUGGCCGGCUAUCCCAUCGAGGAGAUCCACUGGGAGCGCGGCGGGCGGGAGCUGCCGGAUGACAUACGGCAACGGGUCCAGCCGGACGGCUCGCUGACCAUCAGUCCGGUGCAGAAAGCCUCCGACUCUGGCGUUUACACGUGCUGGGCGAGGAACAAGCAGGGUCACAGCGCCCGGCGGAGUGGCGAGGUGACGGUCAUAGUGCCGCCGAAGCUCAGUCCCUUCCAAACGAACAUCCUGCAGCUGAACAUGGGCGAUCGGGCCUCCCUCACCUGCUCGGUGGUGAAGGGUGACCAGCCGCUGACCAUCGUUUGGCGAAAGGAUAACCGGCCCAUCGACCAGACGCAGCACAUGUCCGUGAAGCUGGUGGACCAGUACAACAGCAUCCUGGUGAUCGAGAACCUGGGCAGCGACCACACCGGCAACUACUCCUGUGUGGUGCGCAACUCCGCCGCCGAGGUGGAGAACUCGCAGGCCCUUCUGGUCAAUGUGCCGCCCCGCUGGAUCGUUGAACCUGUGGACGCGAAUGUGGAGCGAAAUCGCCACAUAAUGCUGCACUGCCAGGCCCAAGGUGUUCCCACGCCCAGCAUAGUGUGGAAGAAGGCCACAGGCAGUAAAUCUGGAGAAUACGAGGAGGUCCGGGAGCGUCCCUUCACCAAACUCCUGGGCAAUGGCUCCUUGUUGCUGCAACACGUUAAGGAGGAUCGCGAGGGCUUCUACCUGUGUCAGGCCAACAAUGGCAUCGGCACCGGCAUCGGAAAGGUCAUCCAGCUGAAAGUGAACUCCUCGCCGUACUUCUCCUCCACUUCCCGGUCGGUGAUGGUGAAAAAGGGUGACACAGCCCUGCUCCAGUGUGCCGUAAGUGGCGACAAGCCGAUAAACAUCGUGUGGAUGCGCUCGGGCAAGAACACCCUGAACCCGUCGACCAAUUACAAGAUCUCAGUCAAGCAGGAGGCCACGCCGGACGGAGUCUCUGCGGAGCUGCAGAUCCGCACGGUGGAUGCCACCGACAGUGGUCCAUACUUCUGCCGGGCAAGCAAUCUCUAUGGCAACGACCAGCAGCUGGUGCAGCUUCAAGUCCAGGAGCCGCCGCUGCCUCCGAGUGUCCUGGAGGCGGCCAUGAUAAGCAGCCGGUCGGUGAAUCUCAAGUGGCAGCCCAAGUCCCUGGGCACUGGCGAUGUGACCAAAUAUCUGGUGGAGUUUCGUGAGGCAGAUCCUCUUUUCGUAGAACAGUGGCAACAGAUCGAGGUCAAGGAUCCGCCCACCUUUAAUGCCAUGGUGGAGAACCUUAAGCCAGCCACUCGCUAUGCUUUCCGGGUAAUUGCAGAAGGCUCUGCCGGACGCAGUGCACCUAGCCAGGAGCUGGUUGUUCGCACUGAGCCCCAGAGACCGGCAGGACCACCGCUCAAUCUCUCGGCCAGGCCUUUGUCUUCCACGGAGCUGCUUAUCAGUUGGGUGGCUCCGCUGCCGGAACUGCGACAUGGCGAUAUCCAGGGUUAUAAUGUGGGCUACAAGCUGGCCAGUUCAGGCAAUACGGCGUAUAAUUUCACCUCCGUGUCGGGGGAUGGCGAUGGGGGUAAUGGUGAAUUGCUGCUCAGUGGAUUGGCCAAAUUUGCACGCUAUACCGUGGUGGUGCAGGCAUUCAACCAAGUGGGACCAGGACCUCUGUCGGAACCCACAGCGUCGCAGACUUUAGAAGAUGUUCCCAGUCGGCCACCAGAGGAUGUGCGUUGUGCCGCUCUCUCCUCCCAGUCCCUUCAGGUGUCCUGGCAACCUCCGCCAAUUUACCAUACAAAUGGCCUUCUCCAAGGCUAUAAAUUGAUAUUUGAGCCCAUCAUUGAUGACAUUCAGCCCAGCAAGGACGAGGUGGAGUCCCGUAAGACGACAGCUCUCACCAUGGUGCUGACAGGUCUGCGGAAGUACACCAACUACAGCAUCCAGGUGCUGGCCCACACUCGCAUGGGAGACGGAGUCCUCUCAAAACCCCUGUAUUGCCACAGCGAAGAGGAUGUUCCCGAAGCGCCGGCGGACAUUAAGGUGGUGUCCAGCUCAUCGCAGUCCCUGUACAUCUCCUGGCUGGCGCCGUCGGAACCCAACGGUGUAAUCACCAAGUACAGUCUUUACACUCGCGUGGUGAACGGUCGCGAGGAGCUGAACAACGAGAAGCGGAGCCUGCCAUCGCAACAGGCUUAUUACGAGGCGAAGGGCUUGCAUCCUCACAUGGAGUACCAGUUUUGGGUGACAGCCAGCACACGGGUGGGCGAGGGCAAGAGCUCUCGGGUGGCCUCGCAGAUCACUACCAACCGAGUGCCGGCGAGGAUUAUUUCCUUUGGUGGUCAGGUGGUGCGUCCCUUCCGGUCCACUGUCACCAUGCCCUGCACGGCGGUGGGCAAACCCAAGAGGGACUGGUUCAAGGGCGAUGAGGUUGUUCGUCAGGGAAGCCUCCACAACUCCCAGAUGCUGGACAGCGGCGAUCUGAUCAUAUCCAAUCUGGAACUAGAGGACAGCGGCAACUACAGCUGCCAAGUGGACAAUGGCAUUGGAACCGAUAGACUUACACACAUGCUCCUGGUUCAAGUGCCGCCCACAGCACCGACUCUCUACGUGACCAGCGCCACCUCGAGCAGCAUAUUGAUGCACUGGAAGUGUGGUUUUACGGGCAAUGCACCCAUCACUGGCUACACGCUCUUCUACAGGAGGACGAAUGGCAAUACGGAGGAAAUGCAACUUUCGCGGCAUGCUUCGAGCCAUGAGCUAAAGGGUUUGGUAUGCGGGAGCACCUACCAGGUUUAUAUGAGUGCCCAGAAUAAGGUGGGAACGUCGCCCUCGAGCACCAUGCUCCAUGUGCGCACUCAGGGUCAGUCUCCGGGUCAGCCUGCCUCUACAGCUCUGCUGGCUCCCAACUCCACUUCGCUUUUGGUGCGAUUGCACUCCUGGCCGGACAAUGGCUGCCCGCUAUUGUACUUUGUCCUGCAGUACCGAGCAAUCACCGAAGAUAAUGAUCAGGAUUGGGUUUUAGUAUCCAAUGCUCUGAAGCCACAGCGUCGCGUGGUGGUUAACAAUCUGCGACCUUCGACUCUGUACCACCUUCGCAUGGAAGCUCACAAUGUGGCUGGUGUGUCGCAGGCGGAGUUCUCCUUUGCCACUCUCACCAAGGAGGGUGAUCCUCCGCCAGCGGAUGUGGUGCAUCGUGGCCACCGAGGACCAACUGUGAUACUAGGAAACAUCAACCUGCUCAUCCCGAGCAUUGCAGCAUUCUCCGGAAUGAUCUGCACCAUUAUCAUGGUCAUCGUCUGCUAUCGUCACAUGCUAAAAAAUGCACAACAACCGAUUGCAGAGCAAAGUACACAUAUCCAAAAGGAAUCCUUGGAGAACAGGGCCAACUCGGAGGCUGCUCAGAGGGAGCGCUACUAUGCCACCAUUCACAAGGUGUCUAUGCAGAAUAAUGACAAGAUUCCAGAAACCUCCGAGGACAUCUCGCCGUAUGCCACCUUCCAGCUAUCGGAGGCUGGAGGCAAUAUGUCACAGCCACAUCAUGGCGGACCGGCCAAUACGCUGCUCCACUCGUUCAUGUACCACGAGCGGGCUUUGGCCGAGGGCUGCUCGUCGCCACCACCAGCCGCGUCCAAGAACCGGAGGCGUCACUCGCGAAAGACGGAACCGGAGAGCGAGGAAUCGGAGUCGGAUCAGGACCAGCUGACCUCCAGUCGCACCGAGUCUUCCAAUCAGCACGAGGGCAAGAUCAAGCACAGCAUCAUCUACCACGGAGCACAGUCCAGCACUUCCUCCGAUCUGUCACCAAUGUCCGAACAGAAAUCAUUGCCCCGCCGCGGUCGCUCCAGGGCCGGCAUCCUGCGCACACUGCAUCCGCUCCAGCUGCAGGCCGAGUGCGCCGCCGGCGGCGCCUUCCACCGCACGGAGGACGGAGGCGGUGGCGGCGGCAGUGGCAGCGGCCUAGGCGAGCGGAUCGAGCUGGCCGAGGUCGAGUGCGACGUGGACACGAUCAAGAAGCUGAAGCUCGGGCAGCGCUCUUCGCUCUGGUCGCGGCCCUCCUCCACCACCUCCCAGCUGCAGCAGCAGCAACAGCAGCAGCUGGAUCAUCAACAGCAGCAGCAGCAGCAUCAGCAGAUGCGGCAGAAGGAUCACCAGCAGCAGUCGAAGGAUCACCAGCAGCAGCAGCAGCAGCAACCACACAAGAGAGCCCAUUCAAAGUCACCGCAGCCGCAACAACAGCAGCCGCUGCAGCAGCAACGUCAACAACAACAUUCACCCGCUCCUGGCCAGAAAUUGCUAAGCGAGAAAUCGGAUUACUCGAUAUCCGUCUGAGACAUUGGUAAGAUCUGAUCGCAUGAUCAGCAUCUAGGAUGAGACAGGGCCGGCAGGCCCAGGCCCAAGCCCAGCAGGCCGCCCGAUGGCCAAAAGUCUCAGCGAAAUCGAAAUUGAGCAGCCUCCCCUUUUGUACAUUUUUGUAAUGCAUUUGUUACCUUGCCACCAAGCCCUCGCCCCAGUAUCUCCACUAUAUCCCCCCUUUUGGAAGAGCCCCGAGAUCCAGUAAAAAACCUCCUGAGAAACACUAAGUAAACUUUCGGACAAUCAGUAUCAAAAUUUUGCACCAACCAUCCAUGAAACCAUAACCAAAACCAUGACCAUACCCACAGCCAAAACCAAAAGCAAAACCAAACCAAAGCAUACCGAAUCAAACACUUCCCAUUAUAAACUCCUGCCCGUAUUUAUAGAGGUCAUACUAUAUCUAAGUAUUAACGAUUGUGCAUGCUACUAUACACAUAGUUAUAGUAUAUAUAUAUUAUGAAUGGCAUGUGUCCAGAGACAGAACCCAGGUCAGUUGUCGAACUUCCAGAAAUGUUGUAUGUACAUAUACUAACGUAGUCUCUUAAGUAUCCAUAACGACUAAUCACUCGAAACUGUAACUCAAACUACUAACUGCAAAGCUAUCGAAUACUAUCGUAUCGUAUCGAACUCGAACUCGAACUCGAACUGUUUUUCCCACAUAUGUCUAGGGAGUGAAGGAGGGUCUUAUAUGUCCCGAUUUGUAAUGAGUGUAUCUGGGCUAUAGCUACUCCUAAAGUAGUCCUGUAAGUUUCGGUUUUGUAGUGCUCUCCCGAUGAAGCGAUGAAACGAGGAAUUUAAUCUUGAAAUUUCAACUAAACCAAACACUCAGAUAUACAUAUAUGCUGUGUACAAAUUUAUAUGAAUGUAUAUUUAUAUUAUGUGUAUGUGUGCGUGUCUACGUUAUGAGACGGUGGUGUGCUCAUGUAUAUAGGCUAUAUAUACCGAUACUCGAGAUAUAUACAAUCGAAGAAUACUCUCUAUACAUCUAGUUGUUAGCGAAUCCAAGUACAGGUAGAGUAUCAGAGUAUAUUUUGUAAAUAAUCAAAAAGUGAACCCCAAAAGGACUGACAAUGAUGCAUGACUCCACUGAGAAAAAUCACACAGAAGCAGAAGCAAAAACAAAAACAAAAAUAGAAACCAAGUAAAGCCACAAUGAAAAUGUUAACUAAAUAUAUUCGAUAUAGCCGAUGUACACACACUCGAAUAUGUCGCCAGCUGAAUUUGAAUUCAAUGCAGUAUUCAUAGAAAAUAUGACAUGAUAUCGCCAGUAUCCACACAUUAGUGUUUCUAUUACAAUAAGCUGUCGUCUCAUUCGUCGAUACAGAGUUGUAGAUAAAUGUUUUUAAAAGCGAAUUAAACGAUAGGAGAAUCAAAUACAAGUCGUAAUCAAAUUUCGAAAUAUUACCAAUCAAGCAGCAGCAGC